AAAAUUUCCCAUCAAAAAAACAUCGCCUGCUGAAGAUGGGCGACGGUGUUUUUGCGUAGUUUUUUGGAUUUUGUGUGAAAAAUUUGCAAUUUUCGUGUUUGUGUGAAGAAAAAGCAUGUGGAAUUAUGUUUCAAGGAGGAUAAAGGACACUUUGGAGAAGACGGCCAACAUCUUCGAUGCAAGCCGUGCUCAUUUCAAUCAAUUUGAGUGUCCACUGAGUGCUCGCAGGAAGGCUGUGAUAAGAUUCCGAAAGAAUAAAUGUUCCUUAGCACACUUCCGUAAGUCCUCAUCCGUCGGCACCGCCACCAAGGGUUCGGAAUCUGGACAGGAUGAAUAUAAGGAGCAUAUUCCUCAUGAAAAUCUCAAUCAGUCAUGGAUUGGAGCUAUAACUUGGAGCAGUGCCAUUAUUUGCGGAUGGUAUACCAGUCAGCUGCUUUGCCUGCGUCGGCGUCAGUUGGAUUGGGACCGCAGGAGUGCCUUCCAUCCUGCAAUUUGUGCUCUCAUUCCACCCCAUCGCAGCUUCCACACAAAUAUCGUCUCCCGGAUCGCAUUUGCGGCCCCUGAGAAACAUCAUGGACCCGGGAAGUCCAAGGACUUCCCACUGGAUCCUGCCACCUUCGUGUACAACGUGAGCAACGAUGAGGUACAAGAUGAGCCAAAACUUUCCACUGAGAAGAUGACUCUGAGGGAUGCUGCUCAGAACCUAAAGAGUCUCAUUGGUGACACGCACUUCCACUUUGCUGUGCAGAGUGUCAAUGAGACUAAUUUCGAGGAGGCCGUCUUUCACUUCAGACUGGCCACACUCCAUCGCCAUCCCUCGGCCACCUUCAACCUGGGCCUGUGCUAUGAGCGUGGCCUGGGAGUGAAGAAGGAUCUGAGGCAGGCGAUGGAGUACUAUCAGAUGGCCACGGAACUGGGACAUGCCAAAGCCAUGUACAACUUGGGGGUGUUUUAUGUUCAGGGUCUGGGUGGUCUCAAGCGCAGUCGACGACUGGCGCGACAGCUCUUCGAGGCAGCUGCCCAGCAGGGCCAGGAAGAUGCCAAGGCGGCGCUGCAAAUGCACGAAAAAAUGCACAAAACCACCCAGAUGACUAACUACCAGUCUUCGAGUAUUCCCUUGGCCACUAAUUGGCGUCCCAUUGAAGCGACUUAACCAGGCUCUCCUAAGGGAGAUCUAAUCUAUACUGUAUCAAGUGAUAGUGGUUGUAUUGAAAUACACAUUGAUUAAACAGAAUUUAACGG